AAAAAGAUGUAGAGCGUGUGCUUGGUGUUGAGAAUGAUGAGAUUACAGUCUGCACGACUCAGUGAGCGUACAGACAAUUAACUAAUUGUUUGAUGUUCCCUACUAUCCGACCCGUGGCUCCCACACAUCCGACGUCAAGGUCCGCGUCACCAGCUGAAAUCAUAUCGAUAAGACGAACUGGCUGUUUUGUCUCUAUCACUCAAUACAUCGCAACAAUUUAUAUAAAAUAUAUCAACCUCUCUAGGCAUUCAUGAUGGAGGCGCACCUGUCCGGAAAUGGAUGUCGAUGUGGCGCCUUAAAAUCUCAAAUGUUCCAUGCCCCAGACCCAGACACGCACCCUUUAAGGUUGCCCAGUCUAGACUGCUCGUCUCCACCUCCUCCAUUCAUCGCAUCGCCAAGCUGAAGCUCAGCUGCCUAAGCUCCCUCAUCUUCAACCUCCACUAGCCUUACCUUAUACCCGGCUACUUGUCAUCUUCAACCCCUACUCAUCAAACUAACUAUUCCACCUCGCUUCUCGUACUCCCCUUUUUCUCUAGAGUCGCUCGACGCAAACAAAUCUACGGCCGAUACCUCCUUUUCCCGCCCUUGACAAUGGGCGCGUGGAACCUCUUCCGUGUCCUGGGCGACUUGUCCCACGCCCUCUCCAAAUGCAUCCUCAUCUUCGCUAUCCAUCGAAACAGGAGCGCUGAGGGCGUCUCACUCAUCACGCAGAUCCUCUACGCCCUCGUCUUCUGCACACGUUACCUCGACCUCUUCAUCGAGACGGUACCAUGGAACAUCGUCUUCAAGAUCUUCUACAUCAUUUCGUCUAUCUACAUCCUUGCUAUUAUGCAAUGGAUCUACCCUCGAUCGCGUGAGCGUGAGAUUGCUUGGAAGAUUGGCGCCAUCAUCCUCGGUGGCUCGUUCGUCCUGUCUCCGUUCGUCAUGCUCAUCUUUGAGAGCCACAAGGGUUUCCGACCUUGGAUGUGGGUGUUCUCCCAGAUUCUUGAGUCCGUCUGCGUUCUCCCCCAGCUUCUCCUCCUUCGACAAACAACCGUCCCCACCGUCAUCGACUCCUUCUACCUCGUCGCUCUCGGUUCCUACCGCGCCCUCUACUGCGUCAACUGGUUCAUCCGCGAAUUCGAGAUCUCCGGCAAGAAGCCCAACACCGUCUCCGUCAUCUUCGGCAUUAUCCAGACUGCCCUGUACAUCGACUUUGCUUGGGUUUACUACACUCGCCAGCGCGUCAAGCUCCGAGGUGGCGGCAUUGUCGACGCUGACGACAUGUCCCGCGGAUGGCUCCUCCGCCGAAUCUUUGGAAAGCGCUUCGAGAACAACGAUGACGAUGAGGAGAGUGGCCCUGGUGGGUUCGAAGAUGAGCAGGGUGGCCGACGAGGAGCUCGUCCCAAGUGGGGAGCUCGUGGCAUCUCAGUCAGUGCCGAUGACGGCGUUCUCGAGCAGGACCGACACAACCGUGACCAGGACGAGUUCGGUGGUCCAGUCGACCCUGACGCCAAGAUGCAAGACCCCGAUGAGCUUGCCCGAGCUCUUGACGACGAUGAUGAUGAGCAGACACCACUGCGACCUGGACAAACAGAAGGCCAGCCCAGCGGUCUUCAAGGCGGCGAGGGCUGGCGCGAUUAGGAUACCAAGCUUACACGCCAAACUACAGCUUACCACACUUUACGAACGCGAGUAUGAACUCGAACGGAGUAUGACGGAUUGUUUACUUGGAAUGUCUUGAAAUGUCUACCUCAUUGCCAUUUUAGUGCCACGUUUGAUGCGAUGGGAUACAUGGAACUGCGUUAGAAGAAGAGAGGGACUGUAAUCUGGUCUUGCUGAUCUAGCAAUGUUUCUAGGGGUUUUCAUGGGCCAAAUUUAUGUACACAUAGCGGGAUUCUAACACUAACAAUCUCAGGACGAGAUGAAUUGGAAUUCAGUCACUUUAAGAUCACACAUAUCACAUUGCGAUUUGAAUCAAAGAAGGGGUCCAUGUGUGGAUACCAUUCAGGCAA